ACUCUUUUUCGAGCCGAACAACAAAAUAGUUGCAAACGCCAACUGUUGAGAAAAACAUUAAUUUAUUAAAGGAAAUCACAUAAAACUCAACAGCAAUGGCCGCCAAAGUUGCAAGCAACACAAACAAAGUGUUUCAGAAUCACGAUGAUGUGCAUAUUUCUUUUGAGGAUCAGCAGCGCAUCAAUCGCUUUGCCAAGCACAAUGCACGCAUGGAUGACUUCAAGAUGGAGCUCGAGAUGAAAAAGAAUGAUCUCAAGUGCGUCGAGGAGGCACUGGAAGAAAUUGAACUUUUCGAUGAGGACGAAGAUAUUCCGUUUCUAAUUGGCGAAGUGUUCCUCUCACACAAGCUUGGCAAAACUCAAGAGCUGCUCGCAGAGACCAAGGAUCAGACGCUGAAGGCGAUCGCCAGCAUUGAGGCCAAAGCAAAAGUGAUUAAAGCCGAAAUGGAUGAGCUGAAGGCACAUCUCUACCAGCGCUUCGGGAGCAACAUUUCCCUGGAGAGCGACGAAUAGAAUCGAGACUAAAAAAAAACAAUGUGCGAAACUUUCGCUUGAUUAAAAUACGAGUACAUUUAAUUUAAACUAUA